CAAUACUCUCUUCCCAACAAACUUGGACAUAUCACAUACCAUAUGUUCUUAGCUCUCUAUUCUCUAUAUAUAAUGAGGAAACAAUUUCAUGGUUUUAUAAACAAGUUGGUUUUGUUUUUGUAAGCCAUCCUCACAAAAACUCCAACACCCCACACAGAUCGUUGUUCCCGAACCCUUCGAAUUUGCAGAGAAGAAAUGGAGUCGCACGUGCCCAUCAGCUGGACAAACAAGAAGCAUGUGCAGUUCUUGAACACCAUGGAGGCUUCCUUUGUGUGCUCCAUGAUUGAAAACAAGGGUCGCCUUGCUCGUCUCGAUCGUUUCGUGCCGGACACCUCCGACUCGACCCUAGAUCUGAUCAAAACACCCCAGACAACCAAAAAAUCUGGUCCGGUACGCAGAAUGGACGGCGGAGCUGUCAGAAGAACAAGGAGAUUAUCGUCGCAACCGUUCAUUUCUUCGCAGCUGGAUCAGGUGGUUCCACAGUUUGAGAUCGCACUGGUUGGUGAUAAGGUCUUAUGAGAGAUGCCUAGGAAAUUAUAAAAAUGAGAAACUUGCAGAGCCAAAAUUAUCCAAAUAAAAUGUACCAGUGGUGAGAGCUGGUUGAUUUUUCAGGAGGCAGCAAUUAGCUUCAGCCGUAAUUUAUUAUUUGAGAUCGGUGAUAGCAGACCAAGUAACAGAAAUGCCCAUGUGUUGGGUACGUAAGCUUCAAGAAUUCCAAGGAUGGAAAGGACAUUGAUGGCAAAGUAAAUCUGGAGGAAGAUGGUAGUCGAACUUGAUGCUUCCGGCAAAUAUCUCAUCUUUUAGGAUAGAGUUAGUUGCUUAUGCCAUAACAUAUGCUCCACGAUGAUGUAAAGUCGAACUUGAUGCUUCCGGCAAAUAUCUCAUCUUUUUGUUUCUUUUAAAUGUAUCAUCAUCAUUUCAUAUCAUCUUCAUCUUCAUCUUUUCUGUAUACGAUCUUUAAAUAAUUUCUCCCUUUUACAA